AUGAUUGCUUUUCACCAUAUACCGAGCAUCUGAGAAACUUGAUUAGUUCCAAAACUAUAAGGGAGGAACUAACUACAUGGAGUUUAUCCAAGGAAUCUAAAAUGAUUGAAGAAUGUCAUCGAGCUUAUCUUGUGCCCUUGGUUAUCCGUCUUUUGGUGCCAAAAGUAAGAAAGUUGAAAGGACUUUCAUCUCGAAAGAUCCAGAAGAGAGUGAAGGCAUUGUUGCUGUUUAGAAAUGUUAUCAGUACACACAAAUUAUCAGAGUUUAUCACCGAAAAAGUUUUCAUGCGAAUCUUCUUCAACAUGUUGUUUGAUGAGAAAGAAGGAAAGGCUGACCAUAUGAAAACUGCAUGCAUAGAGACCAUUGCUUCUGUAGCUGGUCAGAUGGGAUGGAAGUCAUACUAUGCAUUAUUGAACAAAUGUUUUCAGGGAGCAUCCAGGAGUUCAGACAAUAAUAAACUCUUUAUACGCCUCAUCUGUUCUAUUUUGGAUAAAUUUCACUUUUCAGAACUUUCUCACACUGAAGAACCUAAGAAAUCAUUGGUUGGUGCUUCUGAUAUGGACACAGAUAUACAGACAUGCCUCUAUCCGUUUGUAUUGAUCAAGAAACAGUUGGUCCGGUAUUCACAUGACGCGACGAUUUUCUGCCAGAACAUUAAACCUUAAGCUCCCCUUUCGGAUACCUCUCCAACUAUGCUUUGCACUUAAGCCUCUUUCCGAUUUUCUUCCUCUUUCAUUCGGACAAUCACAUUAAGGCACUGCAUUUCUUAUAAUGAUCAUCACAUGCAUGAGACGGAUCAAGGCUUUUUAUUUUCUUUUUCUGGCACCAAACGAGCAACAUUUGCUACUUUUAAUUAUCGAUGAAAUUUUCAAACUUUGCAGUUAUAUAUUGUCCUUUUUGGACGACGUUUGGGGAUCAACCUCCUUUGGGCUGAAUAACCGGGUGAGGGUUACCCAACUUAGCGAGCCGGUUUCCUUUUACCGCCUUUUCAUCAUCUGGUGCCAACUUUAUCAAUUUUUUUUCUCAACCAGUCAUCAUGCAUGUGAAUCUGAAUUAUGCCAGACUGUAUCAAUAAACUACUCGAGGAGUACUUCUCAGGAGACAAGUACUAUGGUGCAAAUCUACAUGUUAGACUCGUAUUUCUUUUAGGGAUACAAGGGUGUUUAAACAAACCUCUUGUCACAUUAUUCUGAACUUCCUGUCCUCAAACAAUCCUCCCUUCAUCUCUAUAUACUAUUCUUGACCGCUCUUUAAGAUCAAAACUCUUCAACAAAAAUUAAAAUUUCGGUCAAAAUUUGGGAAGAACUCAAUGUUUGGUUUUACACAUCAUAACAAAAACAUAAAAAGAAAAAUGCAAGAGUAAAUCCUCCCCCAAACUUGAACAAAACAUUGGCCCCAAUGUUUCAGAACAAGCCCGAGAGGGGUGACUCACAGAGGGUAGUGCAACUCUAACUGCAGCUUCCUAGCAUUCACCAAAAAGUCCCCCUUUUUAUUUCCUGAAACAAAAAAUAAGCAAACACAAAAAGAAAACUAAGUUGUUAAAAACAUGGGUUGCCUCCCACGAAGCGCUUCGUUUAACGUCGCACGGCUCGACGAUCUGUUCCCCUUGUUAGGGUGGCAUAUAUGACAUAAAGAACACAUCAUCUUUUUUUCUUCUUUUGUUUGGUAGCAAUCCCAUGAACUUAGAGUAUUGAUGAUGUUGCUGCCAAAUCCAUUUUAGCUUGAUUUUAUUGAACAAGGCAUAAAUGUCUUCCAGUACUUUGUCAAUUUCUUGUCUUUCAUCUACCUUGUUGUAAAAAUAGUUUUUAGGGAUACUUUCUUGUUGGGUGACCACACCUUCACAAAUUGUUAAAUUUGGUUUUAUUCAAAACUCGAUGAUCUUCAAGUUUCCUUAUAUCUUCUUCCCCAUAUUUCUUUUUUACCUCAAAUUCUUCUAUUCUUACUGCAUCUUCUUCAUCUGAUAUUAUGCAUUUUUCUUCUGGUUCCACAUAUUCUUCUUCCAACUCUAACUUUCUCCAAAUAAACCUAUCUGGAUAAAACUUAGCUUCCUUACAUUCAUUCAUAAGGAUUCUUACCUCUCUCUUAUAUGCUUUAAAAAUUUUAUUCGCCUCUUCCAAGGUGGCUCCUGAAUCAGGCGACCAACAUGCAGGAGAUACAGGUGGCAAUGUAUCAAAAUAAUACAUAGCUACAAAACUCAGACAAUUUGUUAGUAGCAAAGUAUAGAAGAAUUCACGAAGCAAAAAUAAUCAGACUUUUUUUUUUCUUUUUUUUAUAAUAAAAUGAAAUUCAAAUAAACAAAAACUGAAAAACAAAAUUUUAGUUGAUGAGCAACAAAAUUUAAAUUGAACUAAAAUUAAAACUUUAUAUUUUGGCAGUCCUCAGCAACGGCGCCAAAAACUUGAUCGGUAAAAUAGAAAAUGUACUAUUUUGCCUCUGUAGUAAUAAUAGGGAAAUUCCCCGAAUGUCGAUCUCAAGGACUGCGUAGUAAUAUUGAGUUCAAAUUGUAGUUUAAUCAAACAAAAACUAAUGUUGGGGUUGUGUUUGGAAAUUGUGACAAAACAAUAAUUAAAAUAUGCAGAAAAGUAAAUAGGCUUUUUGACAAAUAUGAGUAUUAUGCUAGGGGUAUAGUGUGUGAUUGUUCCUGUAAUAACCUUGGAUUUAGAUCUCUUCAACAAGUUCAUAACCUUUAAUUACCGCCCUUUAGAUUAUUUUCCCCUAAGUCCUUAGUGGGAAAACCUUUGAACAUUCAUCAUAAAUCCUAAGUCCUUAGAGAAUUAUGAUGAAAUCAAGCCUUUAUGUUAUCAAGAGUUAACCGGUAACUAUAGGGUAUCCCUAGUCCUAGGUGAUAUCUACUAUAGUCUAAUCGUACAAAAACCUUAACAACCGCUGUCGAGCUGGUUGUUAACCGUAAAUCAAUCUUGUUUGUCCGACAAAUAAAGCAUAAAAACCUUGUACAAUUAAAUUAAAUAAGAAAACAACUCUAUUGAUGAACUCAGAAAUUCAAAAUCAUUACAGAAUCAAAUCAGGGACACCCCCUAGCAUUAGGGUUUAGUUACUCAUAUUGCUCAAAGAAAACAAAAUAUAAAAUAGAUACAUUACAAGCAUUGAGAUGAAAGUUGAUCUUCAAUCGCUUCCGUUCAUGAAAACCUUCUUCUCUCCCAAACCCUUGUUUUCUCUAAUCUCCAAUCGUGUCUUCUCUUGGCCAAAAAGUCCUCUAAUUCAUCGUUAAAACUCUUCUAAAUAGUGCAGACUCACUUAGGUUGGUUGGAAGUACCCAAAAUGCCCCCACAGCUUAACCCAUGGAAAAAAUAUGAAACAAUCAUAAAAUCAGCGUCACAUGCUGACACGGGCCGUGUCAGCCAACACGGGCACCCGUGUCAGACUUUUGUCAUCUUAAAAGUUAUUUUUUUCCUCCCAGGCCUCCUGACACGGGACCCGUAUCAGGUAACACGGCCCGUGUCAGCCAAUAACUUCACAAUUUAGCUUUGAGUUCUUCAUCAAAGUUGUAGCCCUUUUUGUUAUCAAAAUUUUGCCGCCGGAACCGCGUCAAUCGGAGUUACGAAGCUCUAGUUAUGAUCAAAAUACUACACGUCUGUCACGAUGAGAAACAUGCUGAAAAUUUCCAGAUAUCACACUUGCUAACACGAGCCGUGUCAGCCCCGUGACUUUCAUCUCUUUUGUAUUUUCAUGGCCACCCUUCAUCCUAACAUGGUCGGUAUCAAGAUACAUGGGUGGUCGCGUGAGGCCUCCUGUAGCAUGAUUUGUCACUUCCCUAAAAACUCCGCUUGUUGUACCUUUUCGCAUUGAUUUGUCUCGAUUUAUUCCUUUGAGCCUGCAAAUAGUACAAUACACAACCAAAACAUAAAAUGUAGAAGAAUGAAGUAAAACACUUGACAAUAUAAAGCAAAGACGACUAAAAUCAACGGUAAAUAAGCGUGUAAAAACCACUGAUCAACCGUUCGUAGUAACUGAAUUAGAUCUUUGAAAAUGAUCGUGUCUACACCGUUCGUGAUGAUAGAAUUAGAUCUUUGAGCGUUGACCGUGUCAGUACUGUUCGUAGUAACUGAAUUAGAUCUUUGAAAAUUGAAGAUUUUUUUAUCUGUUUGUGCCUGUAUUCUGAAAAGUGAAGUUAAUCUUUAUGCAAUGUCAUGAUGCAUGUUUUAAAUGAGAAACUUGCAUGUUAUGUAUGAGUU